AUGGCCAAGCAAAAGAUAGUGAUCAAAGUGACAAUGAAGAACGAAAAAUCCAGGAUCCGUGCCAUGAAGAUUGCAGUUGGCGUUUACGGAGUGGAAAGUGCAGCUAUACAAGGAGAUAACAAGGAUGAAAUAGUGGUAACUGGAGUAGGGGUGGAUCCAGUUAAACUCACAAGGCUGCUGAGAAAGAAAUUUUGUAUUGCAAAUUUGACAAGUGUUGGUGAUCUGAAAGAAGAAAAGAAGAAAGAAGAGACAAGUGUAGCAUGGCCUAAUUGUGUUCCUCAUUAUAAUUGGCCUGUGUGUGAGAUAAGGAAUCAAUAUGAGGAGCCUUGUAAUUGUUCCAUCAUGUGA